UGCACCCUUUUUGGUGUGCGAUACAUCGCCGACACACUGAUGAUAUUGUCGCCAUCAUCAACUUCGGCCACACUCACAUUGGUUAAGGAGUUCCAAGGUAGGUGAAAUAAUUAGCACCAAGAAAAUUAACUCUCGUAUGGAAUGUGUAUUCUUUCAUUUGGAUAUUCAAUAUUUUCGUUUUUUGUUAUCGCGUUCGUCAAAACGCAUCCUAAUCUGGUGUGCAUGUGGCACUAAGGCCCAGUUCAGACGUCGUGCUUCUGCCGUGCCGAACUUAAUUGUAAUUUUGUGCGACUGUAGCACGGCAGGAAAAUAACUUUGAUUCAGACGUCGUGCCAGAGUCGAACCAAAUUCAGGAUUUACUGAUGCCUCGUAACAAUUCUUCUCCCAACUCCCCGUGGGAACGCAAUCUCGCCAAAAUACAUUAAUAUAAUUUAUGAAUUUUGUUUAGCGCGGCAGAAGCACGACGUUUGAAUCGCUGCCGUGCCAGAGCCGUGUAGCACGGCAGCGCUUGUCGAACUUAAUUGCUUGCCGAACUUAAUUCAAAAGUUUGAUUCAGACGCCGUGCUUCUGCCGUGCUUUUGUCGAACUUAAUUCCUGAAUUUAGUUCGGCACGGCAGAAGCACGACGUCUGAACUGGGCCUAAGGUAGAAAUGUUCUAGCUAUCACGGGUUUGGAUUCCGUGAUCUUUGCGUAAAAUUUACGUUCGCAAAUAAAAUAGAGGCAAUGUAUGAAAGGUGGCACAUAAGUUUAAACUAGAACCUCGCCCAACUUCACGUUUAAUCUCAACACUUUAUAUAUUGCCUCAAUUUUUUUCACGAUAACGUGAUAAUAGCGUUAACGUGCGUAGCCAAAAACGCGUCAGUCGAAAUUAUACUUAACUGAGGAACGCGUAUCCUCUAGUUUAAUACUAAUCAGUAACCGUAACCCGGUACUAUGAAAACGUUCUGAUUAUUUGUGUUUUGUGGGGGUAAUCACUCUAAUAAAUUGGUGUGUUUUUUGGCAUGUAACUGUCAGUUUAAAUACAUGUACCCGGCUAAACAGUAAUUUGUUCUCAAGACCAGUUAAACAGGGAUCACUGCAAAAUUUAGAGUCACCCCAGCUGUUGGGUAUAGUGUGUCGUUUAGCCUUUUUAUUCAGAAAGGGAGGAAAAGUCAACCUUUUUUAUGUGUAUUUUCAGACAGCAACAUGGACACACAGAAGCUCCGGGAAGUUAUCCGUGAAGCAAAGGAUAAAUGCCAGCAGUUAUCUGCGGAGAGGUACGUUCCUUGUUUAUUGAGACAAGAUGUCGCUAACAAAACAGGAAAGAAAUCCCAAUAUUUCACUAAGGGCUAGAUUUUUUUAUCCCUAAAAUCGGUGCUGAACAUUAUGCUUUAUCUAAAAUAUAAUUUUAGCUAAGGAUAAAAUGAAUUAUUUAACCACAAGUAAUCCAUGACUAGACACACACCUUUGUCGCUUUCAUUCCUCGAAAAUGGUCCCAUAAAUAAUUGACCUAAGGUAGUAGAAGGCAAAACCGUGUUCGUUAAAAUGUUUAUCACCGCAGGAAACGAUUAAAAAUCUACAUUUCUGGAAUAUUAAUGAAUAACAUUAUAAUAAAUAAAUAAAUAAAUGACCUAUCAUGCCUGGUUGAGGCUGUGAAGAAAGCUAAAGAAGCUGGUGCUUUGUUGUCUCAACAAAGGUACGUUCUUUUUUCCGAAACAAAGAUUUCCAAGCUGAUAAUAGAUCGGGACCGAUGUGUUUCUUUGGAAGUAAGCGAGGGCGUUAUUCCACGCACACAUGCAAUACAGAAGGCUUCACAUAUGAACAUAGUCUUAUGCUCUGUCUGCUCCGAUUCACUGGUAACAAAAAGAGAAGAAAAGAACUUGUGAGCUCUAUUAAUGGAAGAUUGUUUACUACGCAGGGAGAAAAUUUCCAAAUGGAGAGCGCAAAGAAUUGCGCAGGAUGAAGAAUUGCGAGAAGCUGGUGCAAGUGGGGGUAGUGCAAAGUCCAGCCAAAAAAAGGGGGAAGAAGGCAAGGGUGACGAUGGCGAGCUAAAGAUCAUUGAAAAGGUAAAGAUAAACAAUUCUGUAGAGUUCCUACAACUUUCUUUGAGUAAAAGGCAAAUGAUAGUUCAGUGUUUGUUGGCAUGGGUUAUGACGCUGAUCUCGUCCAAUAGCUGAUGACGAAUAAGGUCUUUUGGCCCCUUUUAUAAGAGGAAACGUUGUCCCGGGUAAGAGGGCCACCCUCCCAGCCGAGGUAACUUUGGCGAGCGUUUAUAUGAGAAAUAUGUCGACCUCUUUACCCGAGCCGAGAGCUGCCUUCUCAGUUUUGCCAAUGACAACAGCGCUCGGGCGUGCUCUGAUUGUCUCGCUUUGUCAGAGUUGUAACAACGGGGCGAGAUAAAGAGUUUAUAAAAUUAAUGGAGAAUAGUUGGCCCGGCAGUAAGGGUGACCCCACCAUCGGAAAAGCGAGACCCAGCGAGGCAAGUCUUCCUUAUAGAUAUGACUUGGGUUACACAAUAAUAGUUGACAAUGAAGUAAAAGUGAACCCUCUUGUUGAUUAUCAUUAGCAGAGACGGAUAAGAGAGGCGAGGACGGUAAGAGUAUCCGACGAGCCAGAAAGGGGCGUAUAUAUACGCCUUAGAACAAACUUGGGAACCAGGUCGAGGAAAUUCAGAAAUGGAGCUCAAUUCCAGGUAAGACGCAAUAUUACGUUUCCAGGUUUUAUUAGAACUGUAAGUUAAUUCAAGGCUCGCUCCGUGAUAAUACGAGGAUAUCAUUAAUUUAUGUUCUGUUCGGUUUCUGCAGUUCGUAAGAUGGAUUUGAGAAAAGGUUUAUGCUUUUCAUGAUAUAGAAAUGAACGGUUUUGUUUUUUUAAAACGCGAUGGAGUGACAGCAAUAUUGUUUGUUCGAAAACAUGUUUAAAGCUACUUCUCGAUAGCAUUAAGGUAAGCACAAACGCAAGCACGAACAAACACGAGUGCUCUCUUUUCACCGUGAAAACGGCUCUACGCAUGUCCAUUUAUGCUACCGUGUGCGUUUGUGUUCACUAACACAAGAGUCCGCUCUUAUGCUUGCGCUUGUACUUGCAUCGCCAGUGAAUCCAGGGCCUAAGACUUCAGUUUGCAAAAGAUUAAAAAACGGUUUCAUUACGUCAUCUUAAAACAUUAUGACAAACUAAAAUCCCAGAAAUAAAGUCCUCAGCUCCACAGAAUAACACCAACGUUCAUUUAGUCUUCACAGUCUUUCGCCGCGUGUCUAAUGUUUCCACAAAUUAUGGAUUUCUUAUAAUUUUAUGACAGGAGGUAUAUGACUGGGCUGGUGCUAUGCAAGACAUGCCGUUAUAUUUUACAUUACACCGGGGUCAAACAUUACUGACCCACGAUGAGAGGGUUGGCCCUUUUGACGAGACUCUGGACAUGACGGAAAGAGUAAGUGGAGGCCGAAUUUUGUGUAGCCUCAUCUCUAAACUGAUGUAG